CAUACCCCCAGCCCUCAUUUUACAGAAGGGCUAUGACAUCUGGGCCCGUGGGGGGGGGUGCUGCUUGGGACUGCACUGCUGCUCUCCCCCCCUUUUCUGGUGCCGACCAAGGGGAGCCUGUGUCUUCCUCAAGAACAGCGUUGCUCGCCUGGCCCGAGAUGAUGCAGCCUCUCUAAACUUAGCAUCCUGACGAUCAGCAGAUGCGCUGGCGAGGUAAAGUCCCUGCGGCGGCUGUAACAGAUGCGGGGAGGAUGCGAGGAAAGCCCCUCUCGGUCCCUCGGUGGGGAGACUUCCCAGGUUCCUUUUGGAGCUAGAAACUGACCAGGAGGGGUGGAGGAGGGGCCGUUAUCCAGGAAGUCUGGCUUUGGCUGGAAACACCUCGAGCGGAUAAAGUGACUGCGGCUCCCGGAGCGACCCCUCCUGACUGCGGCCGUCUCAUCAGGGGCCUCCCUCGGCUGGCGCGGCGGCACCUUUUUUUUCCCCCACUCUGCCAGGCGGGCUCUUGAAAUUUCUGGUCACGAACAGGUUAAAGCAGCAGCCAGCUCUGCCCGCCCGCCCGCCCGCCCGCCGGCCCGCCUGCCCAGGCUGAGUUAGCACUUCCCGGGGCUUGCUUGCUGAGCAUCUCCAAGUAACAGCGUUUUGCAUCAUGGAAAAGGGGGGGAGGUGGGGAAGAAGGGGGUAAAAACUGCGGGAGGUCGGAGGAGUCCUUAUUUGCCAACACGUCCCUCCGUCUCUUCCUCCUGGCUGGGCCGGGGGAGGGAGGGGGGAGAGGGAGUGAGAACACAAUUUCGUAGGGAAGGAUUAGCCCAGGCUGCCAGCCAAGAGGCUGUCUAGUGCCUACUGCGGAUUGCUGUUGCUGCUGCUGAAUUCAGCGGGCCAGAGAGACAGAGACAGACAGAGGCAGACACUUACGCACAGCAUCGGCUGGGCCAGUCACUGGGGCGUGGGGGAUCCCGGAUCGUGGAGGUGGGCUCCCUCCAGGGCCGAGAAGACCACCUUUCUCCCGCCCCCCCCCCAACCACCUCACCAGGACAGGCAGCAGGAGGAAGGAAGCUGGAGGGCAGCUCUCCUUGGUAGCCCCAGUGCUGAACUUUCAAUCCCUAAAGACACGGACCCCUUCCCAGGGUCUCUCGGGGUGAGUGGGGGGCAGCUAGCUACAAGCAGCCAGGCCUGCCAGGGGGUCAUGCUGGAGGUGUAACAAAGGGGAUACUGUCCUCAUCAGCUCUUCUGCAGGAGACAGGACCCCUAUUAGGGGAAACUUAGAAUCCCCACCCCCCACCCCUCUUGCCUCCUACAGCUAACCCAAGCCUUGCCUGGAUUUAUUAUUAUUUUUUUCCCCCUUGACUCGAUAGCAUCGUUUGCGAUUCUGGAAAAGGGGGCAGCAAGGCAAAAAGAGGCUCAGAUGUUUGGGGCUGGAUUGAACUGAAGGCUCCCUGAAGGUGCCAGGAGCUGAUCUUCACCUUAUUUUGGGUCCUUCUCCCCCCUUCCACCAGCCAGGGGGCUGAUUUGGGGCCAUUGCCUCCAGGCCUGUGAUGUCUUGUGAAUGUGCAGGACACAGCAAGGGUGCCCAAUACAGCUCCAUGAUGACGACCACAACUGCCAAGGACUUGGAGGAGAGAGCCAUGGAUUCUAUGCUGGUGACCUCCACUCCAGCUUCUGGGACCUUCUCCCAUGUCUUCGGUCAACAGUGCCAACUUAUGGAGGCAGCUGUGCAGUCCUUACACACCUUAAAUGACCAGAUCUCCCACUUUGUGGUCACCAAGUCGAAGACCCUAGAGGAGGAUAAAGACCCCUUUCUACCCACAGAAAAAGAAUCUCUGAAGAACUCAAUGGCUUUGAUGAGACAUCUCCUAAUGGAUGCCCAGGCUUGCCAACGUCCUGAAACAUUGCAGGGGGUUAUGAUUGACUGUGGGUCCAAUGGAGAAGUCAGUGGGAGCCGGGCUGCCGAGAGACUGGGUACGUCACCAGCAGCACAGGAGAAUGAGGGGAUCUCUACGUCCUCCACCAGCUCAGAAAACAGCCCAUCAUCACCUAGUAGCCAGGAGCUAGAGUAUGCAGUAGAAAGAUAACUGUAUUAUUAAACUGUAAAACCCAUGUUCAGAUCCUGGUUUUGCCAUCCACUCUCUGCCAGGUUGACCUUGAGCACAACCCUUAAGCUCUUGGGCUCUCAGUUUUCUCCCUUGUAAAAUGAAAGGGAUGUGCUAAAGGGCUUCUAAGGUCCCUUUCUGGCCCAGGCCCUAUAAUCCUAGAGAGUUUGCCUGAAGCAAGCUGAGAUUAAAAGACUGGCCCUGAGCCCCAGGGCAUGUGUCACAGGUGGAAUUUUCUUGGCUGCAAGGUCAGCCAUCUUUGCCUCCUAGACUCUCUCCCUUUGAGUAAUUCUGAAAGCAUAUUUUUGAAAGGAGCACAGUUGAAUCUAGGAAAGCCUUAAGGAAGCACUGACAGCUGAAGAAAUGUUGCCUUUUUGGUGACAAGAGGAGAUGGGUGAUAAAGUGGGGGAAGUCUGGCCUGGAAGUCACAGCCUGGUUCAGACCCUUCCACGUAUCCUGGCACUCUGGUCUACCUCGUGGGAGAUCAUGUAUAUGACUGUUUUACACACUGAGGUGACUGAUUCCAAGUUUAGUGCUCCAUCCACCUGUGGAGGAGGUUCUGGGGUUUAGGUGGGGUUGGCAGAGAGAGCCUGAAGUACCGAUAAAAUUACUCCCUAAGAGAAGAAGGGAAGGACACAGUUUGGGGUCAGCUCAACCUUAUAGUCUGAUUGUCUCCAAUUAUUCUGUAUCUCUCUCUUGUUUGUACGGAAUAGUUUGAAUGGUUUCUUCUCUGCUAGAUCCUAAGGUCCCUGAAGGCAGGAAUUGGUUUUUUGCCCUUUCUGUCUUCAGCACUUUGCCUGGCGCAUAAUAGGUGCUCCUUAAAUGCUUGUUGGCUGAAUGACUGACACACUAUGCUCAUGGAAACUUGAGUUUUUUUGGCUGUAUUGGCUCAUCCUUAAGAAAGCAAUAUAUCUCAUGAACGUUACGAUACCUUGUGAGGUCUCAGUGACCAGAAUUAACAGUCCUUUGGGCAGAGCAUGAGCAGGUAAGAGCAUGGAACUCACAUUAUUUCUUACUUACCCUUAGUCACUCAAUGAGUAUUGCCUCAGUCAAACUGAGAUCUGGAAAAGACUUUAGCUUACAAAACCCUGCAUGCAAGGUCAUCUCCAGUGAUCCCCAUCUCUACCCAGAUGGCCCUGGAGGAGAGAGUGAGCCCUCCUUCCCUGAAAUGCAAUUUACUCCCCUUUUUGGCAUUUUCUUGGCAAAAAUCUGGAGUGUUUUGCUA